UGAACAACCAAAACACAAAUACGCGUGAAAAUUUUAAGAACCCCACCACCUUAAAUCAAAGAAAAUAAAGAGCCUACUCCACCACCUCAAUCUUAAAACCCCACCCAAAAAAGAAACACUCAAUUCUCUCUUCCUAGUAGUUGUUACUACUUUAAUUUCUCCAAACUUUCCUUUUAUAUUCAACAAAGGACCAACAGAAAAAACAUCACACAUUAGUUUCCUUGUUUCAAAUGCCAACUAUCUUGCUUAGGAUUUUCCUUCUAUACAACGUUGUCAAUUCAUUUCUCAUUUCUCUUGUUCCUAAGAAACUUAUAACCUUCUUCCCACUUUCUUGGUUCUCCCAUCAAUCCUUAACCAAUCUCAUCAUCCAAAACAACACUACUACUACACUUUCAUCAUCGAAAAGAGGUCUUGUUAUUACCGAGACAACAACAAUGGAUCCAACCGAACUCAAGCGUGUUUUCCAGAUGUUUGACCGCAACGAUGACGGUCGAAUAACGAAGAAGGAGCUGAACGAUUCGUUGGAGAAUUUAGGAAUUUUCAUCCCUGACAAAGAGCUGAGUCAGAUGAUCGAGAAGAUCGAUGUGAACCGAGACGGGUGUGUGGAUAUUGAGGAGUUUAGAGAGCUGUAUGAGUCGAUUAUGGAUGAACGGGUUGAAGAGGAAGAGGAAGAUAUGAGGGAAGCAUUCAAUGUGUUUGAUCAAAAUGGAGACGGGUUUAUUAGUGUGGAUGAGUUGAGAUCUGUUUUGGUGUCAUUGGGAUUGAAGCAGGGAAGAACUGUGGAAGAUUGUAAGAAGAUGAUAGGGAAGGUUGAUGUUGACGGAGAUGGGUUGGUUGAUUAUAAGGAGUUUAAGCAGAUGAUGAAGGGUGGUGGUUUUUCUGCUCUCAGUUAGUUGUGUUGGGUUUUUGUGUUUUCAAUGUUGAAUUUCAAUUCUCUCUUUGUAAAUAAUAAGUACCGUAGUAUGAUUCAGGUUCAUGUUGUGAUCGAUGUGUUUUGUAAUAGGCAUGUUUUUUGGCUUCUGUUUUUGUUAUCUUAAUUUGUUUUUUCCAAUCUUGGUUGUUUGGGUUGUUAGUAUGGGAAUGCAUAUGAUGCUGUGGGCUAGAUGUUAUAAAAAUUGGACACUUUGAGGUUUCAAGUUGUCGAUUCGACGACACGAGUCCUUGAAUUGGAAUCUCUAUCCAACAACUUAGAUUGACUCGGUACAGUGAAUCUGAGUCGAGUUAGAUUAACACUAGGCUUUACAUGAAUGUGUUCUACCCAGGUACUACUAAUGGAUUUUUUUGGAGGAGGAGGAAGGUAAUUGCAACGAAAGACACAAACUACUGUUGUGACAAGAAGUGUCUGUGUUUUCUUUCUUUCUUCCUUGGUUUUGGGACAAGGGUUGAUUCUGUUUUCAGUUUGUAAUGUAAACUUCUGUUUGAAGAUAUAUUUCUUGAAAUUUUUAUCUA